AGACCCGGGACUGGUCUCUGUGCGACCUGUGGUUGUGCUGGAUGCCAACAAGAUAUCGAGGACAGGGUGACCUGCCUAGCCAACUCGUCCACGACGUCAUCGCGCCUCCAUUAGAUCAAGUCGAGCAAGAUAUUCAACGCCUUGGGUCGUGCAGUCCUCGAUUUGGCAGCGAGAUAUACCUUGAGUAGUCGUAUCAUAGUCGCAUCAUAUUCGUGUUAGGGCUUAGUAGCGACGAGUUCUCGUACCAGAGGUUGAUGUAUUUGACACGGUGAUGACCUCAAACGUGUCUUCCAGCUUGGCUUACAAGAUUAGCCUAAAAGUCGCACUCGAACUUAGUGGUUGGUGUCACUCCGACCUGUCGCGUCAACACCUCAACACCGUCAUUCGAAAUGCCCGAGAACGAGCCUCAUAUAUCCCGUGAUGAUGCGCAACGUAAAUGCUCGACAUGCAACAUCGUCUUCCAGCGAACAACACAUUUACGAAGACACAUGCUCACACACACUCAAGACAAGCGGUUCGUUUGUUCAAUUUGUGGGAAGAGCUUUGUGAGAAGAGAUACGCUUCAUAGACACCAAAUAACACACCGCACCAACUCCAUCGGAGGUCGUAUAGGUUCUGCCGAUGCGCUCUCCUCCAGAGCUUGCAGGGGUUGUGCUACUGCUCGAGUACGAUGCAGUAGACAAAAUCCUUGUGAGAGAUGUCAUUCGAGACAGGUACAGUGCGUCUACGAGGAGUCCGAUCGAACGUCUGACUCAGUACCGGAACAAUCUGCAAGCACGACAUCUGUUCUGCCUAUUGAAGAAGUUCAAAUGCCUCCUCCAAAUUGUGCGACUAUGAUUGACCAGAACACGGACAACACCAUACCGCAAACACGUACACCUGGUACAGAGACUGGUGAACCAUCUUUUCUGCUAGUACCAAGCUCCCGAGACGCUGGAGAACCAGCCAGGUCUUUGCUAGGUCCCACAUGGACGCCUCAAGAUCCUGUCGUAAACCCCUCUUAUAACUACCAAGACACGUCACUGGUUGCACCAUUUGUGGGCAGAGAUACGUCCUCGCUACCGGCUACAAAUUGGCUGCCUUACGCCAAUGGCAUGGACUGGGAUUUCGAUUUCUACAUGAGCCAGGCACUGAAUAACUUUUCCCCGGUCAUGGGCUUGCAUAGUACCAGUAUCUGGUCUCCCAGUACCAACCCUCUGGAUAACAACGUCCUCAAUAUUGGUACGAGCCCUGGAGGUCGAAGCAAAGGAUCCAUCGCCGAGGAAUCUCCAGCCUCAAUGUCUGUGACCAACUCUGUGUCCUCCUCUAAACGGCAUGGGACAUUCUAUGCUGAUGGAGAGGUAUCUCGUCUUACCAGACGCCGCAACGCUGAAGUUUCAAAUACCCAAGAUCACAUAGGUGGCAUGGGAAGUGAACUAGAGUUCACUUCGACGGAAAUGGAGCCGCCAACCUCGGAUACGGCAUUGUCAACCCCAAUUCCAUCGCAUACUUACAACCGUAUACUGCAGAGCUUUGACAACUUAUGUGUCACCGAUAACCCUUUACUUCAUUUUGAGAGAUUUCGAUCCAAUCGAUUUCCUUCUUGCCAGGCUUUGGAGACCUGCCUAGACUCCUACUUCGACAACAUCAAUUCUACGUUCCAAGUUAUUCAUCGGCCCACAGCGUCGUUGGAAGGGGACGGCGACUGGAUACUUUGCUUAGCUAUGGCUGCCAUGGGUGCUGCCAUAUCCUCUUCUGCUCCGCUUGUGUCCAACGCCGAAGCAUUUAGAACCUUUCUACAGCGGGCCAUCACGACACAGAAUGUUUUGGCAAGACACAAUCGACGCGAACCCGAGCUGUCGUUUAUGCAAGCUUGUAUAAUCUAUGAUGUCUUGGAACUCCAUCUACAAGUCAACAUCAACGAAGACGCUAUGGCAGGCACUCGAUCGUUUUCGGACCUUUGCACCAAUAUCAAAAGAUCUCGCUGGCUUGGUCUGAAAGAACCAGAAUGGGACAUCACGUGGAGGGAAGACGACUGGAAAGCAUGGGCUCAUCGCGAGAGUCAGCGGAGAGUGGCGUAUUGUGCUUGGCUACUCGACAGUUGGAACCUCUUAACAGCCGGCAAGACACUGUCGUCAAACUUCUCAUUAGGCGACGUUCAGACUGAUUUGCCUGUUCACGAAGCUUUGUGGAUGGCGGGAACGAUAGAAGCAUGGUUAUAUCUCAAAACGACGCACAAACAGCCGGUAGGCUUGUCACGGUUAUUGCAGUCGCUUUAUCAGCAACAGCCGCUUGUCCAAGAGCUCGGAGACUUUGCACAAACAGUCGCUGUUCAUGCGGUCUGCCGGCGAACGUUGGAGAUUGGAUCCCACAUACUCGACCCACUGAGCGGCCUUGAUGCGGGGCAGCAGCAACCUGGCGACUCCGUCAGAGACAUUUAUUGGCUCCCCUCGGAUCCGGAGUACCAAAAGUGGCGCAACAAAGCUCUGGACUGUCUGGACUCACUCCAUUGGGGAACUCAUGCAGUCAUUGCUCGGCUGCAAGGCUUGGAGCCACCGGUGGUGUUACAUUUGCACAUGUCGCGAUUGAUUCUACUGGUCCCGUACCAGGAUGUCUAUGAUCUGAUUUGCGAAGUGCAUGGCGACGACACAUCUCUAGUUCAAGCUGGGAACUCGCGCUCGCGCCGGGAAGAUCUCGUAGCCAAGAUUUGGCUGUGGAUCUCCAAGGAUCACUACAAAUCAAGACUAGCUAUUGUGCACGCCGGAGCGAUGUUUUGGUACAUUCGACACCAUGGAACCGGCAACAUUCUUGAACCGACCAGCCUUUUUAUGGCCAGUAUCAUACUAUGGGCUUAUGGGUCAUUCGUACCUCUCCUACAGGCAACGAGUGACGACGAUCAUCCUGCUGUCCCACGCGCCGAUGCGGACGAAGAGUAUGAUCCAACCAUGAUACAAAUUGACCGACCAUGCGACGACGAGCUCAUUCAAAUCUUCAUUCAUCGAGGAAACUCCAUGCAACCACAUAUGUUGGCUGUGGGGAACAUCUGUCAGCCCGGUGGAGCACUUGGAGUGCUCAAAGUUGGUGCGAAGCUAAUUAAGAAUCGUUGUGCAGCAUGGCCGAUUUCCAAGGCGUAUGAGAAUCUCCUGCUUCGCUGCGCGCAGGUAUCAGCAAGGCCCGCGUAGCGUGGUCUCCGUAAUGAUUGCCUCACGGUCUGAACGAGCCAGUACGCGCUCGUGACUGAGCGUGGUCCAUGCCCUCUCAUGCUUUCAGCUAUAGAAAGUUGUAUAUCAAAUCUCAUGGAGUAGAAAUCCCUCCAAAGAGACUCGCUCAUCUUCUGUUUG